AUGCCCCCGAGGUCUGGCAAUGUGGACCUGCACAGCGUGCCCAAGAGUGACGGGCAGGGCGACGGUUCGAAGGACACGCACCAGGACACCGACGGCGACGCCUCGAAUGAGACCACGCCAGGGUUUGCGAAGAAGCUGGAGAUUUUCAGGGCCCGCCUCAGAGAUCUCGAACAGCUCGCGCAGGAACCUGGCAUGGAGUUCGCAUCGGAAGCCACGACGAAGCUGCAAGAACAGAUCGACGGGCUGCUGGCACCAAAAGAAGCACAACUACCAGCAUGCUACGCGGAAGUGGCCGUGCGCCGCAGUCUCCGCGGAGCAGAGAAAGCACAGACAAAGGCAGACGCCCAAGUGGUGAAGCUCAAGCAGCAGCUCGAGGACAUCCAGACUCAGCUGCACAUCGCAGAGAACAAGGCCGAGCAGGCGGGCAAGAAGGUCGAGUCCCUCCGCGUCAAGGAGCAGGAUGCGGAGGGCACCAAGCAGUUGGAGGCGGCCCUCGCGCCCGCGGCGAAGAAGAAGGCGAACGCUGCAGAGAAGAUGGCGGUGGCGAUGGAAGAAGACGGGGCAAGCCUCAGCGGCGACUGCCCACGCUACAAGAGGCGCGCCUGUGCAGGCCCCGAGGAGCAGGGCGAGGUCAUCCUCCAGCUCAAGGCCAAGGCAAGCCCCCAGGAGAUCGCGACAGCCCUCAAGCAGGCCGGUGUCAAGGACGAUGAAGUACAGAAGCACGGUACCAGGGCAGACAAACUGGUGUUCAUCACGUGCAAUGCGAACACCUACAACCAGUUCGAGAAGGUGCUGCACCAGCUGCGCUACCAGGUCCAGGCGUCAGUCGUCUUCGGCCAGGAGCUCCAGCUGGCGCCCAAGCAAGUGGAGUUGCUGUCGGCCAGGCGCAGCAAAUCUGGCUGGAAGGCGGCAGUGGUUCCCAGCGCACCUACCAAGGAAGGCACGAGGGCGGGGGUGAUGAUCGCGGUGCCAAGCCGCAUGGGGAUAACCUACCUGCCCGGCAAGGCUGUCUACAAGAUGCGAGAGCUGGCGCCCCCAGCGGUCAGGGACAAGGGAGCCCCGACGGCGCGAGCUAUGGCAACAGAAUGGGUGGCGAGUCGCUUGCGGGACCUGGUGCACAUCCUCAGCAGCGGCUCGUGCGAGCCAGGCGGCCAAGAUGCGGGCCGUAUCAAGUCCAUCAAGGAGGCAAAGACCCAGAAGUGGGCCCUCGUCCAGCUCCACCAGUUUGGCGAGGAGCUAAACACCCCGUGGUCCCACGUCUUCGAGACCAUCCUGGAAUGCACGAAGGAGCCGCAGGAGCUGUCAGAGUGCCUGGAAUACCUCCAGUACUGGCAGCAGGUCACGGCUAGCGAGGCGGACGAGGCGAGGCAGAGCGAGCUCAGGGAAUCCACCAAGCCCUGGCGGGCAUGGGCUCGCAACCACAGCGAGAAGUCCGCGGGGGCCCUGCACAAGUGGACCAAGUUGAAGGUCCCGUGGGAGCCCUUGGUACCACACAACGCGAGAGAGGCAAAACCCAGACUCUGUGAGCCUCCAGAGACAGUCCCCGCGGGCGAGACGUACCAGCACGUCGCCAUGAUGAUGAGGAGAGUGGUGCUGAAUGGGUGCGACACCGAGGGCAGCUUCUGGGCGCGAGGGAUCGCGGCAGGAUCCGUGUUCGGCCCGCUGAACUUGCCCCUCGCCCCCAUCGGCACCAUCGACGACAUCUACGUCGCGAGCCCGAGGGCCGACAUGUGCCUAUACUUCGACGACCUCGCGGCGUCGAACCGAGACGACGUGGACGCAGUGGCGGCGCUCCACACGAAGCUGACCGACGAGAUCAUCUUCGCCUUCGAGCAGGCGCUCGAGCUGCAGGUAUCGAGAGGCAGGGACGGCAAGACCGUAGACGCGGUCUCGCAUGGCAGAGUGGAUCGGCAGCUUGGCAGCCAGUACAAGCAGAUGGGCAUUCAGGUGGUGCGAGAGGCCGUGCAUUUGGGUGUGACCCAGUCAGCUGCGCGGCGACGUCGUGUCGAAGCCCAGUCCAAGAGGAUCAUGAAGGCGAAGGCCAUGAGCUGGAAGAUCCAGAGGGUCAAGGCCGCAGGAGGCGCAGCGGAGAAGGUGGUCAAGCUCGGGAUCGUGCCGUCGGAGCUCUACGGCACACGCGUUCAGAGCGCCACGGACACGCUGAUCACCAUGCUCAGGCAGACGGUGGCGGCGGCCUUCCCUGGCUGCUACAAGGGGGGGUCGGCCGCGCUGGAGCUGCUGGCGGAGGACGCGGACCCUGCCGUGAUCGCCACCGCGGGGCCCAUCGUGGAGUGGGCCAGGGCGAGGCAGGAGGUGACGGACAUGGCUACGCGCGGCCGUGGGGCCCAGUGA